CAAGAUAAAACACCCUCUUUCACAUAUAUUCAGGUUCAUCGACCUCGAUCCAUAUUCAAAAGUUCAUCCAUAGAAUACAGUAGCUAACAAUGGACGCCACCUCAGUUGCUGGGUGCUUCCGAGACAAGACCAUCCUCGUCACCGGCUCCACUGGGUUCCUCGGAAAAUUGUUGGUGGAGAAGAUAUUGAGGGUUCAGCCGAACUUGAAGAAGCUAUACCUGGUGGUGCGCGCGUCAAAUGCCGCCUCUGCCGAGCAGCGUAUCCUGUCCGAGGUGCUGGGGAAGGAUCUGUUCAACACUACCCGAGAAAAGCAUGGGCUAGAUGGCUUCGAGAAGCUUAUCAAAGAAAAAAUAAUUCCUCUCGCAGGAGACACUGGCACCCAAAACUUUGGGCUCGACAGUUCCACAGUUAACGACCUGUGUAAGGAGAUCGAUGUUAUCAUCCAUGGGGCAGCAACAACUAGCUUCUAUGAACGGUACGAUGUUGCGUUGGCAUCAAAUGCACUAGCGGCCCAAUAUAUAUGUGAAUUGGCAAAGAAGUGUCGUAAUCUGAAAAUGUUGCUUCAUGUUUCCACUGCUUUUGUAACCGGUACCAGAGAAGGACUUUUACUGGAGAAAGAACUACUGAUGGGUGAAACACCGCGGCCCGGUUACUGUUUGGACAUUAGAGCUGAGUCGCGGUUGGUUCAGAAGGUCAAGACUGAACUCAGAGCGGCCAAGAGGACUGGGUCCGAGCAGUCAUCGGAGAAAACAACCAUGAAAGAACUUGGCUUAAAGAGGGCCUGCCAUUUUGGAUGGCCCAACGUAUAUACAUUUACCAAAGCUAUGGGGGAGAUGCUACUUGCGCAUGAGAGGGGAGACCUUCCUGUUGUCAUUAUGCGACCUGCCAUGGUAACCAGCACUUUUCAAGAUCCAUUUCCAGGCUGGAUAGAAGGGGCGAGGACAAUUGAUGCUUUGAUUGUCGCCUAUACUGAGCAAGCAUUCCCAUGUUUCAUUGGUGAUCGCAAAAACAUAAUAGAUGCUGUUCCUGCGGACAUGGUGGUAAAUGCAACCCUGGUAGCCAUGGCUGUUCACUGGAAUGAAAAGGGACAAAUCAUUUACAACGUGUGCUCAGCACUCCAAAAUCCAUUGUCCGGUUAUGUCUUAGAGGACGCAUGCUGGGAUUACUUCUCCAAGCAUCCUCGUGUGCAAGAGGACGGGAAACCCAUCCAAAACAAAAGGCCAUACGUGUUUAAGAGUUUCACUCUCUUCCGUGCAUAUCUGAUCCUGGUUUGUAAGCUACCACUUGAGAUGUUGCAUGCGGUGAGCCUUUUAUUCCCUGGGUUGUUUUCACAAUCUUACAAUAAGCACAACCGAAGAUACAACUUCUUAAUGCUCUUGGUAAAGCUCUAUGCACCAUAUGCCUUCUUCGAAGGAUGCUUUGAUGACACGAACACUAGAAGGUUGGUGACGGAAGUAAAGAUGGAUGUCAUAUUUAAUUUUGAUCCCAGGUCUAUGGACUGGCACUCAUAUCUCUUGAAUGUACACGUCCCGGCUGUGAUAAAGUACGGCCGCAAAAGUUAGGGAAGCGUAUAGCAAAGAAUGAAAUCUUUCUAUCACUUAUUUGAAGGGAAAGCAUUUUCUCCAGCAAAAAUGUAUUCAAUAUUCCUAAACAUUAUAAUUUGUACGAAGUGAAGCACAUUUUUGUGUAUGCCAUUAUAUGUGAAUAAGUAAAUUCCCAAAGGCCCAAGCUUUUUAUUGAGGUGAUAAGUGUUAGGAAUUAAUUAAUUAUGUUAAUUAAAAGGUUAAUCCCUGCUUAUGCCGGUUCCACUUUUGGGAACCGCUCCUUUGUAACCGCCUUUGUACCAGGGUAUAUAUACCCACAAAUUCAUCAACGAAAGCAACCGUUUCAUCAUUUGCUUCCUCUCUUCUUCUACUCUUAACACGUUAUCAGCACGCUCUGCAUCUGAGCGAUUUCAAGAUCGAGAAGAACAGGCGCUGGAUGCGGCGACGCAGCCGCCUGCGCCGCGCCGAUCGCCCGGCCGCCUCCCU